AUGGCGGAUUGCAGGUUCUUUCCAUUCCUGAUAUUGAUGUUGCUUAUCUUUCAAACCCUUUUAACAGCACAUGCGACUUCAACCUUUUUAAAAAGUUUGAAGCUAAAAUCGAAUGGCAAGAAGCUGAGAAUUCUGGUUCCAGAUUUCAGCACAUUCCCGAAUUUAGUACAACUCACUAUCGAUCCAAAAACAAAUGAAUCGGGUGUGAGUGGAUUCUGCUGGGAUGUUUUCAAUGCUGCGUUUAAUGCCUUAGACUAUGGAGUAGGGAUUGAGAUUAUUCCAUACCCUUAUAAGGAUGGGCGUAGUUACAAUGAUCUAAUCGACAAAGUCUCUCUUAAGGAAUAUGAUGCUGCUAUUGGGGAUAUAACGAUCACAGCAAAUAGAUCUAUUUAUGUUGACUUCACAUUACCCUUCACUGAUCUAGGAACUGGAACAAUAGUCCGAGACGCCAAGAAAAGCAUUUGGAUCUUUCUAGAUCCUCUUAGUGCAGAUCUUUGGAUCACAAGUGCUUGUUUCUUUCUCUUUUUAGGGUUUGUCAUUUGGUUUAUUGAACAUCGUACAAAUGACGAAUUUCAAGGUUCUGCAUGUCAGCAAAUCGGAACAACUGUCUGUUUUGCUUUUUCGACGCUUGUUUAUGCUCACAGGGAGAAGCUGCAAAGUAAUCUAUCAAGAUUUGUGGUCACUGUUUGGGUUUUUGUAGUGCUUGUGCUCACGUCAAGUUACACUGCAACAUUGAGUUCACUUUUAACAAUACAACAGAUUGGAAUGAAGGAGAUAGAGGUCGGACUCCAAGGUGCUUCGCCCUUAAGAGGAGCUGUCUUUAAAAACCUCAACUUCAAAAUUGAGGAACUGUAUACACAUGAGGCCUACUCUAAAGCAUUAAUAAAUGGAAAUGUUGAUGCAAUCAUCGAUGAGAUUCUUUAUGUCAAAACAAUCCUUGCUAUGUAUCCGGGUUCUCACUUCUCUUUAAUCGCAACAGCAUCCACCACUAAUGGCUUCGGCUUUGUGUUCCAGAAAGGUUCACCCAUGGCUGGAGAGAUGUCAACUCAGAUAGCAAAGAUGCGGGAAGAUGGGACAUUGAAAGCAUUAGAGGAUAAAUGGUUGAAACGUGAAUCUGCAAUGAUGUCAAAGGAUUUUUCUUCCCCUUCGCCAAAAAUCUUGAAUCUUUAUGGGUUUCGGGGUCUCUUUCUUAUCAGUAGUGUGUCAAUGGCAUUAGCCCUUUCUGUGUCCAUGGUUAGUUGUAUUGUUCGGGGAAAUUUUCAUGUGAAGGUUAAGAUGCAGUUAUGGAGGUGCAUCUUACAAAGAGAUGUUGAAGUGCAUGUACAUGAUCGUGACAUGGAAUCAAGUGUUUGA